UUAGAGACCAAUAACACCAUCCUGAAAGCAGAGAGAGACCAGACAGAGAGUGAGAGAGACAGGCUCCAGAGGAGGGUGGAACUAACCUGUUCCCAAGGCUGGAGAGGGUUCAAAUCCAGCUUGUACUACAUCUCCACUGAUACAAAGAGCUGGAGUGACAGCCGACAAGACUGCAGAGAGAGAAGAGCUGACUUGGUGAUCAUUACCAGCAGAGAGGAACAGGAAUUCAUCAAUAGACUCAAGAAACAUGCCUGGAUCGGUCUGACUGACAGCAAUACAGAGGGAACCUGGAAGUGGGUGGACGGCACAACACUGACUACAGAGUACUGGAUGAGUGGAGAGCCUAAUAACUCUGGAGAUGAGGACUGUGUGGUAAACUACCCUGAAUAUGACCCCCAGAAACACUGGAAUGAUGUGAAGUGCUCUUAUGAGAAUAACUGGAUCUGUGAGAGACCUGGCUGUUACUAA